AUGACAUACGGACUGUCUGAAAUCAAACAGGCUAUUGAGAACAGCAAUGACACCUUUGCCAAUGUGCCAUCAAUUAGCCUUCCAACGAUUGCCCGGCUUUUGAAGAAGCACCAAGUUUCCAUGAAACAAAUUUACUUGGUUCCUUUUGAGAGGAACAAUGUCCGGGUGAAACAACUGCGUUCAGAAUAUAUUCAGAGGGUGAUGGAGCUGGACGCUGCUGUGAAUCAUCACAAGUAUAUUUUCGUUGAUGAGGCCGGUUUCAAUCUGGCAAAAACUAGACGCAGAGGACGUAACCUUAUUGGACAAAGGGCUACCAUCCAAGUCCCUGGACAACGUGGGGGAAACAUCUCAAUGUGUGCAGCUAUAUCUGAAGAUGGUGUGGUAGGCUGUAGACCAGUUCUAGGGUCAUACAACACUGAACACCUGAUAGUUUUUUUGAAUGAACUGGAGCAGGCCUGUCAGGGAGAAGACAUCGUCUAUGUUGUUGUGUGGGACAAUGUCAGCUUCCACCAUGCACAGCUGGUUCAGGAAUGGUUUCAAACACAUCCUCGCUUCAUGACCCUCUAUCUUCCACCAUAUUCCCCUUUCCUCAACCCAAUUGAGGAAUUCUUCUCUACAUGGAGGUGGAAGGUGUAUGAUCGCCAUCCCCAUGAGCAUGUCUCCCUUCUUCAAGCCAUGUGUGAAGCUUGUGGUGAUAUAACUGCUGAGCAAUGUCAAGCCUGGAUUCGUCAUGCCAGGAGAUUCUUCCCACGGUGCCUGAACAACGAAGACAUCCACUGUGAUGUUGAUGAAAAUUUAUGGCCCAAUGUUAAUGACCGGCUUGAUUAAUUGUGUAAAAGUGAUGAGAAUAAAAUGAAAUGACAAUAUAUUUUGCGUAUGUAAAUGACUU